AUGACUGGAGGAAUCACCCUUGGCCACGGGAUAAUGCUCCUCAAAAAUGGGGCAGAAACAGUGCCUGUCUCCAAGCCCUUUGUGCACCCUACGGUGGCGGCGGCGGCAGAGGGGACAGUGGUGGCCCUGACCUGCGCUGUGAGGGAGGGGACAGAGCCACUCAGCUUCUCCUGGCACCACCAGGAGCCCCGGGGUGGCCCCUCAGCCUACCCUCCUGGGCUGGAGGGCUUCGGGCCCCAGCUGCACCUGACACCAGCCAACCGUAGCCACGCCGGCUGGUACACCUGCACCGUGGGCAACCAGGUCAACAACCAGACCAGCGAGCCUGUCUAUCUGGACAUUGUCUAUGGCCCUGACGAACCGGCCAUCAGCGUGGAGCCAUUCUCCCCUGAGCCAGGGGGCUUCUCAGUGGGUGAGCGGGAGGACGUGGUGCUGAGCUGCCUGGCCCCCUCCAACCCCCCCAGCCGCUACAUCUGGCUCCACAAUGGGUCCCAGGUCCACACGGGCCAGACCUACAUCAUGGCUGCCAUCACCCGUGCCCAGGCGGGCACCUACACCUGCCUGGCCGAGAACACCCACCUGCAGACCCGUACACAGGCCACCAUCCUCCUCACCAUCUACUGGAUCCCAGCCGGCGGCCCCCUCUGCACAGCAGUGGCCACCAAGGGUGAUGACUACGUCAUGCUGCGGUGCUGGUGGGAGGGGGGGACACCACCAGUCACCCUGCACUGGUGGGAUGGCGAGGGCAAGGCCUUGGGUGACCCUGGGCUUUCCAGCGCCGUCCUGGUGCUGAGCGCCGCUGGCAGCUUGGGGGGCCGGGACUUUGUCUGCAUGGCCGCCCACCCCCUGCGCCCUGCCGGCGCCGAUUGCCGCCUGCGGCUGGAGGUCCCUGAGUUGGAGGCAGAGAGGAGUGAGGUGGUGGUGCUGGAGGGCGGCGAGGCACGGCUGGCGUGCCGGCGACGUGGCAGUAGAGCCGAUCUCGGUGCCACCCUGGCCUGGUAUGACCCUGAAGAGCGGGAGGUGACACCUGGGAUGGCCAAGUACCGGGUGGAGCGAGGAGAAGAUUGGGUCAACCUGACUGUGCAGGAUGCCGAGUGGCCAAGGGACGGGGUUUUUUUUCCAGGGCAGUGGGCACUGCCAGCCUCCCUGUCCACCUCCGUGUGGACCAGUCGCUCUCGGCACCACCAGAAGCCACCAAGGACCUCCAAGGUUAACGUCACCACCACCAUGAAUGUGAUUCCGUGA